AUGAAUAAUGAGUGGGCUGCUUGUGUUGGAUUUGACGUCAGCAUGGCAGCAAACUUCUUGGCGGCCUGGGAUAAUAACUUCAAGUUCACUUGGCGCCUUGCUUUCGAAUGUGAGUCUUCGGCGCCGUCGAUCUCCUUCCUCGUUUGCACAGUUGUGCAGCUCGCACACGCCCGGAGCCACCCUCUGGACACGCCCCACCGUCCACAUGAGCUGCCUCCAGGACUCUCAAAAAAUAUCAAUGUCACAUUCUUCAACGGGAUGUUUAAAAAUGUGGAAAGUGCGACCGAAAUUUUUGACUGCCUGGGCUCCCACUUCACCUGGCUGCAGGCCGUCUUCACCAACUUCCCCGCGCUGCUCCAGUUCGUGAGUGGCAUGCGGUGUGUGGCCGGUCUCUGUCCCCGGGACCUGGAAGACUACGGCUGCGCCUGCAGGUUUGAGAUGGAAGGGCUGCCCGUGGACGAGUCUGACAGCUGCUGCUUCCAGCACCGAAGGUGCUAUGAGGAGGCUGCUGAGAUGGACUGUCUCCAAGACUCCACAAAGAUUAUCACAGAUGUCAACUGCUCCAGCAAGAAGAUCACGUGUGAGUCCAGGGACCCUUGUGAGCACCUGCUAUGCACCUGCGACAAGGCUGCCAUAGAGUGCCUGGCCCAGUCCACCAUCAACUCCUCCCUGAACCUGCUGGACACCUCCUUCUGCCUGGCUCCGCCUCCGGAGACAACCAGCAGGGAGGAGCUGACGGCCCUUCUGCCCAAAGUGGAACCUGUGGAGCCCACGGACGCCAGCCUGGUGGCCCUCUCAGGAGAAGUGUCUGCUGAUACCAGAGCUGACCAGCUGACCACUCUCUCCAGGACAAGUCAACUGACCACUCUCUCCAAGACAAAACUGCAAGACCAGGAAGGCACAGAAACCGUGAGGACCACAACCCCUCCCGGAUCUGCAGAGAUUGCUGCCACAGCUGGAGGUGUUCCUGGCAUGAAAUCUUUGGGGUUGGCUGUGUCACCUGUCAAAAGUGGUCCCGAGGAGACGACUGGAAAAGCUUGUGACAGGUUCACCUUCCUGCACCUGGGAAGUGGGGACAACACACAGGUGAUGCCACAGCUGGGAGAGAUGCUCUUCUGUCUGACAUCCCGGUGCCCGGAGGAGUUUGAGUCCUACGGCUGCUACUGUGGGCAAGAAGGACGAGGGGAACCAAGGGACACCCUGGACAGGUGCUGCUGGUCCCACCACUGCUGCCUGCAGCAGGCGAGGCGGCUGGGCUGCCUGCUCGGGAGGCUUCCUCGGCCGCCCGUCGUGUGCACGGACGGGACUCCCCAGUGUGUGGGGCAGAGCCUGUGCGCGAAGCUGCUCUGUGCCUGUGAGCAGACGGCGGCCGAGUGUAUGGCCUCGGCCUUCUUUAACCAGAGCCUCAAGUCGUCGGGCGGACAGGAGUGCGAGGGCAGCCGGCGCCCCUGCGAGGACGGCAUGCCAGGGCCUUGGGAGCCCUCCCUCGGCUCCAGCUCCGAGGAGAGCAGCGAGGAGGCCGUGCCCCACACCAUACACCUGAGAACCAGGAGAUUUCUCGGGAAGUCACUUGGUCGCAUGGGGGCCAGGCCACAACGUGGCCCCAGAUAG